AUGAGCUCAACUCCCUUUGACUUGUCCAUUGAGACGCUUGAUACCUGGUGUGAAAAGUUAUUGGGUUGUAAUCCAUUAACGGAGAAUGAAGUAAUGCAAUUAUGCUCAAAAGCAAAGGAAGUACUUGUACAAGAGUCAAAUGUACAGCCUGUUCGAUGCCCUGUGACAGUUUGUGGAGAUGUUCAUGGUCAAUUUCACGAUCUGAUGGAAUUGUUUCGUAUUGGUGGCCAUGCACCCGAUACUAAUUAUCUAUUUAUGGGGGAUUAUGUUGAUCGUGGGUAUUACUCGGUUGAGACUGUCACCUUGCUCGUGUGUCUGAAAGUACGAUACAAAGACCGAGUCUUUAUCUUACGUGGGAAUCACGAAAGUCGUCAGAUUACACAAGUUUACGGCUUUUAUGAUGAGUGUCUACGUAAAUACGGUAGUCCAAAUGUAUGGCGGUACUUUACUGAUGUUUUUGAUUACUUGCCACUUACGGCAGUGGUUGAAAACCAAAUCUUUUGUCUUCAUGGUGGACUCUCGCCGUCCAUUGAUACACUUGACUACAUUCGUGGUUUUGAUCGACUACAAGAAGUGCCACAUGAAGGGGCCAUGUGUGAUUUGUUAUGGUCGGAUCCAGAUGACCGAUCGGGGUGGGGCAUCUCACCGCGAGGAGCGGGGUAUACUUUUGGACAGGAUAUCUCGGAUCAAUUCAAUCAUGCCAAUGGCCUGACGCUCAUUGCGAGAGCACAUCAGUUAGUCAUGGAAGGAUACAACUGGUCACACAAAUGCAAUGUCGUGACGAUCUUUAGUGCACCCAAUUACUGCUAUCGCUGCGGCAAUGAGGCGGCCAUUAUGGAAGUGGACGAACAGAUGCAGUACACAUUCUUACAGUUUGACCCGGCUCCUCGUCGUGGAGAGCCUCACGUGUCACGCCGGACGCCUGAUUACUUUUUGUAA